ACCCUCACAUCCCUCACUCAAAAUCACAUCUUUUACGUACACACGCAGCAUAAAUACCCUCAACCACCGUUACCACGUUUCCCCUCUCUUCUCCUCCCCUUUUUCUCUCUUUCUCUCUACUGCCCCAUAAAACUCCAAGUGUUUAUGCCAUUUCUUCAACUCUACUAUUACAAAUCCUCAAAUAAAAACCUUGUCUUUAUACACCUAUUAUAUAUUCUUGUACCACAAAAGAACCAAAAAGAAACACACACACAAAACAACUCUCAUAUCAUAUUGAUCAAUCUUCGCCCUUUUUCUUUCCUUUUUACUUUUCUAGCUUGUAGAUAUGCUAGAAACAAACAUAGGAAGAUUAUCAUCAAAAUCUUUCUAUUAUUCUGAGGACGUAGAAACCAACCUCAGUACAACGACUACUAGUUCAUAUUCAAUGACUAGUACUGAUGAUAAUACUAAUAAUAACAAUUUCUCUCUCUCAAAGCCUCAUCGAUCAUCCGACUCCGCUUUCGAAGCAAUUGUAGCGGCCACCACCACAGCCAACAACCGUGCCUUGACCUUCAAUGACUUCAAGCUGGUACGCCGUAUCGGUGCGGGGGAUAUCAGCACGGUGUAUUUGUGUCGGCUUCGGGUGGACGAGACGUGCGAUUAUGCAAUGAAAGUGGUAGAUCAAGAGGCCUUAGCUUUGAAGAAUAAGACGCAAAGGGCGGAGGUUGAGAAGAAGAUUCUUAAGUUGCUUGAUCACCCUUUCUUGCCUACCUUGUACGCUCACUUUAAUGCUUCUCAUUUCUCUUGCAUUGUUAUGGAAUAUUGCUCUGCUGGUGACUUGCAUUCACUUCGCCAUAAAUUCCUUUCCAAGCGCUUUUCUCUCUCCUCCGCCAGGUUUUACGCGGCAGAGGUAUUGGUGGCUUUGGAGUAUCUCCACAUGCUAGGAAUAAUCUACAGAGACUUGAAACCCGAGAACGUUCUAGUUAGAUCAGACGGUCACAUCAUGCUUUCUGAUUUUGACCUCUCCUUAUGCUCUGAUUCAAUCCCAGCUGUUGAAUGGCCUAAUUAUACAUCCCCAACUCAUGAUCCAACGGCUCAAACACCACCUUUACCCUCCUCACCAACUAAUCAAACAACCAAAACAGCCUGUACUAGUAAUACUAAUAAUUCUCCGUCAUUCUCUUGCCUACCUUACAACCGCCUAUUCCGAUCAAAGAAGAUACAAACAUUAACUGGUAACCGCCUCUUUGUUGCAGAGCCUGUUACCGCAAGGUCAUGCUCCUUUGUUGGAACCCACGAAUACAUUGCACCAGAGGUUGCUUCUGGUAACUCACACGGCAAUGCCGUUGAUUGGUGGGCUUUCGGAAUUUUCAUCUACGAAAUGAUCUACGGACAUACACCGUUCGCUGGACCGUCCAACGCGGCUACUCUGCGAAAUAUCUUAAAGAAAACCUUGACUUUCCCUACACAUGCGCCUUCUUCAACGUCAGAGGCGCAUGCACGAGAUCUUAUAUCUGGGUUACUCAGGAAAGACCCCGCAACUCGACUUGGUUCGAGCCGUGGAGCUGCUGAUGUUAAGACACAUCCGUUUUUCAAGUCUUUGAAUUUUGCGCUGGUAAGGUCUUUGACACCGCCUACGGUCCCGGGAUUACGGCAACAACGUCAAGGCCCGUCAGGUGCGACGACGUUUAAGGAUGUUAGGGAAUCAACGGUGUUUGAUUACUUUUAAAUAAAUGGUUCUGGAAGAGCGAGAUUAUCUCAACGUGUCAAGGUCGGUCCCGCUUUACAUGGGGACAGUGACAGUCUGGUGGGGACAGUUGUAUAUUCGAGCUGUCUAUUUUUAUAGUAGACUGUAGAGGAGAGAGAAUUAUUACUUUUAAGAAAACAAAAACUUUUCCCCUCUGUUAGAAAAAAUUAUUUUUGGGGGCACUAAAUUAAUAGUUGUAGCCUGUAGGUUAGUAGGACUGAUUCAGAGGGUAGAUGAAGAUGUAUACGUCACGAGUAACGUGAGUAUUAUAGUAGAUUAUCAAUAAUGCGUAGGAUAGGUCGACGAAAGAAUGUAAAGGUGCUACACUCCCUUUUAACCAUUUUUAUUGAGAUUUUGCACCUUAUUACCUUAAGAUGCUUGCUUAUGUGUAACAUGAAAAUCCCAAUAUUAUACUAUGA